GGCAGAGCUGGCAGACCACCCAGGACUACAGCUCCGGUAGCUUGGCUCCGGUAUCGUUUUCCCGCCGCAGCAUCGACGCCAACUGGCGCCACAAACGGCCCCAAGCUAUGCGCUGCCAUACCACAUCGCCGACACGAAAGUCACAGGACCCCUAUGCCGCACGCUGGCUAGCAUUCUUCGGGAGCGACCAACAGUGCAUGAUGACCAACUCUGCCCACACGUUGCGGGCCUUGCUUGCAACAACACUCAAGUUGCAGCCUGCAUGUCCAUAUUGCUCCAAUCCCGCAGAAAUGUGACGGUGCCCGGUGCAGUUCGGUUGGCUCAGUUUGAGUCCUGCGAACCGAAUGAAGCCAGGGAGGGUCCAGCAGUCGGUUUUCGCCGACCGGGAAUUCACUCACCAUGACUUUAUACGUAUUAAUGUAACGGCCACAGCAACCACACUUAUGUGUACAGCGCAAAUCUGACGCUGAAGGCAUAUUUUGCUCCUUGUUACGUGUUCUGUGCACGCACGCCCUCUGCGCAACACACAAGCGCUAGCAUAUUGUAGCCGUAUGAGCUCCUGAUGGGCGCGAAGCUCUCCGCUUGCGCGUUCGGCCCGGCGCGCUCACAUGACCAGCUUCAAGGCUCGGGAGCGCCGUGCGCACCCGCAUACGUCCCAGAGAGCGUCUUCAACAUUGCGUUGAUAAAAGACGUCCCUGCUGAGGUAUCAGAACCGGCUGACACAUUCAAUUACCUUCGCGCCCUCAUGCUGCCCAGCAGCACUUCAGCGGAGGCCAAACCGGCGCAGGCCGCGGUCAAGCCAGCUGUGCAACCCAGCGUGAUUGCCAGAAAUGCAGCUUCGCUCACGCCGGAGGUGCGGGAGGAAGACUUCUUCGCCUCAGAAAUAUCGGCGCGGCUCCGUGAGGCUGGCGCUGCGGCGCCGUACCUCCUAGCCUCGACACGGACGCUGAUCACACAAGAGAACAUCUUGGUCAAUAGCGUGGAUGAACUGACCGAGUUCAUUGAGCUCAAGGACGCGCUGGGCUCGGGCGGUUUCGCAACGGUGUUCAAGGGAGUGUACCAGGCAAGCGAGGUGGCAGUGAAGCUGGCCACCACACCCAAGAACACAGACCAGGACCGGUUCUGCCGAGAGGCGGUGCUGGCGCAGCAGCUGCGGCACCCGCACGUGGUGACAACCUACUUUGCGCGGGGCGCCAAGAUGACCAGCGAGAUGAUUGAGGAGUUCUACAAGGUGCACGAGGCCGAGCUGGCGCAGAAAGCCGGCGGUGGCAAGGGCGCAGGCGCAGCAGGAGGAGGCGCGGCCGGCGGUGGCGGCGCCGGCUUUGCACCCCGGUACCGCAGUAUGCCGCCGCCGGCUUACAACCUUGUGCCCAGCCUGCCCUCUAUGCGCUCCGAGGACAACAUGGGCAACCCGCGAGUGGUGGCACCGCAGCAGCAGGGCGGCGGCUGGGCGCAGGCGCUCCACACCAUGGGCGUGCUGCCCGGCCAAAUCCUCAUGGUCAUGGUGCUGGAGCUGUGCGAGUCGGGCAGCCUGUCGAACGCGCUGCGGAACGGCGCCUUCACGCCGCAGCCCGGGCGGCUGUCACCGCUGACCGCUCGGCGCAUGCUGGUGCGCACCGCCACCGAGGUGUGCCGCGGCAUGCUGCACCUGCACAACGCCAACGUCAUACACGGUGACCUGAAGCCUGGCAACGUGCUUCUGUCGCGCUCGAACAAGGACCGCCGCGGCUUUGUGGCCAAGGUCGCCGACUUUGGUCUGUCCAAGCUCCUGCACGACGACACCAACCACGUCUUGUCGGACCACGUCGGCACUGUGGCGUACUCGAGCCCCGAGGCCAUCAACGGCAACCACAGCAAAGCCUCCGAUGUGUGGGCGUUCGGCGUAAUGCUGUGGGAGCUUGUCACGUUGGAGCGGCCCUACAGCAAGCUAUCGCUCCCGCAAAUCCUGGCCGGCGUGGGGCUCAAUACACUGCGACUGCAGUGGCCGCGGCAGCUGUGGCCCGAGCUGUGCGCGAUAGGCGAGCGCUGUGUGGCGCCCGACCCCGCCGCGCGGCCCAGCUUUGCGCAGUUGGAGGAGGAGCUGGUGGUGCUGGAGGAGGCCAUGCGGGAGGACAGCCGCCGCAUUUCGGUGGAGCAGGCAGCGGCCCGCACCGGCAGCACGGCCAGCACCAGCAGCGCCGCCGCCGCUGCCACUGGCCGCCGCGCGCAAGCCGUCGCCGCGCCUGCCACGCCGCCCUCGCCCUUUGCGGCGGCUGCAGGCGCGAGCGUUAUUGCGGAGGCCCACGCCUGAGCGCUUCGCAUUCAGCCGUCAUGUCCUGAAGUUAUCGAUUCAUGCUAUCUGAACUGUUACCUGCUUGAUUGAUGAUUAUGCGUGCCUGUCUGCAUCGUGAGUGUGUUGCUGAGUGUUUUGAUGAGAGUUGGGUUUUCUGGUAGGAGAGACGGGCAUUGCUGAGGAUUGCAUUCUUAGGCACAUUCAAAUGCGUGCGCGCACAAAACUGGGUGAGUAUUAGGGGAAAGAUCGAACGAAUGAAGGUACUGCUGCUUCAGGUCUAUCUGGGGGGGCCUGUCGUACCUAACCCACGAAUGACAACAAGAACAUCUACAUUGUUUGGUAGGUAGGGGCGGCGGCGUCAGUUGCUGGUGAUGUCUUCGUACAUGCGACAUCUGCAGUGACUUUCUGCGUGCAUUGAAGUACUUUCUCAGUACUGAGCACCGACUUGAGGUCAUGCGCCGCUACACAGGAUUGGGUGGUGGAUUUUGGCAACCAAGAAUCACAUCCUGUGAUCGUUCUUGUGGAUGCGAUGGGACACGAUAAGGGACAGGGUGAGGGGCAGGAGCCGCAAAAUUCAACAAUCAAGUUACGAUGUCAAAGCAUGAGCGCGCGCCUGGUAGAAUGCGGGGGUUACUGUACCGAGGCGUCGCUGGCCUUCUGACGUACGUAAUCAAUGACGAAUCUUGUGGAUGGGCCCCGACUGAGUGGAAUAAGGACAACGGCUUCGUUUUCGUGCUUGUGUGUUGCUGCGGAGGUGGUCACAACCCAUGCUGCUGCGGUCAAGGGCACACUGCACUCGGUUGCGUGCUUCUGUCUCGUCGUUGUAUCCAUUGCGUUACGCAGGCGUGUGUGUGGAAGGUUGCGCGUGUUCGUUCGUUGGGGGUUCGGGGGCGGCAUGGCUGGGCAUUUGCCGAGGCUAUUGGUAAAGUGGAGGGCUGCACUGCCAGGCAGCGCCGGUGGGGGGCGCACGGCGCAUGCCGGGACCGCACGGGUGGGAGGGGUGGUGGGCGUGUGAUGGGAGGGGUGGUGGGCGUGUGAUGGGACAGGGUUCAAGGCAGGUUGGCGAGGUCCCGUAGGGUGCAGCCGAUGCCCAGACCCGUAAGCAGACAGCAAACAGUUUGCAGUGGCAGAGCAGAAGUGCAUGGCUGGUCGAACGCCGGCGUUACUGUACCGACAAGUUGCUGGCUGGCUGGAAGUUUGCUGAUGCGCAUUCCUCACGCUCCGGGCGCCCGGCCAGGCGAUAGCACCACACAGACAGACCGCAACGCCACACUCGCGAUGCAGAGCCGCAGCGCACCUGCAGGAAGAUGACCAGCGUCCACGGAUGAGCACCAGAGGCAACCGCAGAGAAAAUGCAGACAGAGUGCCGUGGCAGCCGGCGGCCUUGCUAGGUGGCCCCGGCCGCCAGGCACGUGGCUCCCCCCUGCUCCCCUGCAUAGCUGGAGUUACGGAAGGAGGAUUGAACGCCCUGCUAACAUCGUGCUCGCCACGCACCUUGUAACCAUACAACCGG